AUGAAAUGCAUGAAAGACUACAUUAAAUUAGCUGCAAAAAAGAAAUUGAAUAGAGCAGAGCGUCGCAGUUUAAUUUCGUCAAUCAGCGCAUGCAAAAACUUCGGAACCAAUGCCGAUGAAUUUUUAUCCAAAGCUGACGUUUAUGAUUCAAUCAUAUAUACUUAUUGCCGUGCACUACGCCGUAUCGGUAUACCAUUUACUUCAUUCCGAGAAACUGAAAGAUAUAAGUUUAUGUUAUCAUUAUCAAUUCAGCAAACAUGGGAUGAUGGCUUGGGUUCAGUUUUGUCAAAUACACUGUUUUUGAAUUGUAAAGACUAUCCGAUUUCAAAUUUUAAAGAGCCAUCAGAUCCUUAUCACGCUGCAUAUCAGUCGUUGCUUAAGGGUGUAUAUCCAAUGGAUGUUGCAGCAAAACUUAGAGCACAAGAAGACGAAAGAAUUAAAUGGAUUUCUGUUUACUGCAAUCAAAAUAGGGUUAUAAUUGCGUCAUACAUAAAGAAAACAAACAAAUUUUCUCUUAACAGAUGCCUAAGCACCUAUAACGGAAUGAUAGAGUUUACCGAUGAAGAUAUCUAUGACUUCGAAAAAGGACGAAAUACGAAACAGCCAAUCAAAACAGAUAGAAUCGACCCAGAAAUACUUUUAAAUCAUCAUCCUACCGAGACACCUCAAGUGAAAGCACCGGUUAUCAAAUGCGUUUCGGUCAACGUUCCAAUAAAAGUACAUAGAAUUAAAGUUGACGAGGUUCUCAAAUUCCCUCAAAUUCCACGACCAUGUUCAAUAUUUGAACGCCAAACUUUGUAA